UCCCUCCGGGCCAGCGCUCCGCAGCCGCGCACCGCUCCCGGCGCGGACCUCCGCGCACCCCAAGCAUCCUCGCGUCCCGGGGGCUGCAGCAGGAAGCGGGGCCGCUGUGCCGAGCCGAGGACUCGGGGGGAGCCCUCGGCACGCCAGGGGCCGGAUCCCCGGGGCGCACCCCCAGCCCAGCUGGAGCCUGCUUUUCCUGAGCCCGGAUCUGGGGCGAGAUGGCCACAGGCAGGGGGCCGCCCGAGCCCCGCGUCCUCCUCUGCCUCGGGGCGCUCCUGGCUCGUUGGGUCGCCGCAGGACUGGAGGCCAUCAUUGUUGGUGAACUUCAUGAGAGCAUUACUCUGCCCUGUGGCAACAUCUCGGGACCCAGGGGCCCGGUGACCUGGUACCGGAACAACUCGGAGCCCGUUUUCCUUCUCUCCUCCAACGCCAGCCUCAUGCGGGCCGAGCCUCGCUUCUCUCUGGUGGACUCCAGUUCCCUGCACAUCGACAUGCUUAGCCUGCAGGAUGCGGGCAGCUACACCUGCCGGGAGAUGCGGAACGGGACCUGGUGGUUCCCGGUGUGGCUGCAGGUGGCCAGUGGCCCUGACCACAUUGAGGUCAACAUCUCAGCCACCGGCACGCUGGACAACGGCACCUUGUAUGUGGUCAAGGGCUCCCAGGUCGACUUCAGCUGCCGCAGCAGUGCACAGCCCCCGCCCAUGGUCGAGUGGUGGUUCCAAGCCCAUUCCAGCCCUGAGUCCUUCGGAAGCAACCUGACAGUCACCUGCUUCACGCUGCUAUUGAUGUCGCAAAACCUUCAAGGGAACUACACCUGUCUGGCCACCAGCAAGCUGAGCGGGAGGCAGCGCAAGGUGAUCACCGAGCUCCUGGUCUACUCGCCCCCUCCGUCACCUCCGCAGUGCUCGGCAGAGAUGUCUUUGGAGUCAUCUGCACUGCAGCUCACCUGUCGCUGGGAUGGGGGAUACCCGGACCCUAACUUCCUGUGGACAGAGGAGCCAGGAGGGGCGAUCUUGGGGAAGUCAAAGCUGGAAAUGCUGAACCGGUCCCAGCUGCAGGACGGCAAGAAGUUCAAAUGUGUCGGGAGCCACAUCGUGGGGCCAGAGUCCGGAGCCAGCUGCGUGGUGCAGAUCAGGAUUCCUUUCCUUUUCUCUGAGCCAAUGAAAACUUGCUUCGUGGGGGGCAAUGUAACGCUCACCUGCCAGGUAUCUGAAGCCAACCCCCCUGCUAAGAUCCAGUGGCUGAGGAACCUGACCCAGCCCGAGGUGGUCAUCCAGCCCGACAGCCACUAUCUCAUUGCCCAGAACGGCCAGAACUCCACCCUCACGAUUCGCAACUGCUCCCAGGACCUGGAUGAGGGCUACUACGUCUGCCGGGCUGAGAACCCGGUGGGGGUGAGGGAGGUGGACAUCUGGCUGAGUGUGAAAGAGCCUGUAAACAUUGGUGGCAUCGUGGGAACCAUUGUCAGCCUCCUGCUGUUGGCACUGGCUAUCAUCUCAGGGCUUAUGUUGUAUUACAGUCCUGUAUUCUGCUGGAAAGUAAGAAGCACUUUCAGGGGACAAGACAUGGGUGAUGUCAUGGUGUUGGUAGAGUCAGAGGAGGAAGAGGAAGAUGAGCAGGAGGAUGCUGCAGAAGAGGUGGAAGAGGAGGAAGAAGAGACUGAGAGAGAGGAACUGCCAAAACAAACAAAGAAGCACGGCCACAUUCACAGAGUGACCGCGCUGGUGAACGGAAACCUAGAGCAGAUGGGAAAUGGGCUCCAAGACCUACGAGAUGACAGCAGUGAGCAGCAAAAUGGCAGUGUCCGAGAAGAGGACAGGCCGGUGUGAAGAAUAGGACUGCCCAUCUUCGUCUUGUCUCUAAAGCUUGGGAAGCUCCACUGAAGAUAAACUCUUCAUCAGCUUUGCCUUGACUCACACCCCCGCCCAGGAGCUUGCAUUAGCAACAGCUGGGGUCCCUCAGCAAACAAGAAAAACAAGCACACAUCUUUCCUUCCAUUUAAAAAAAAAAAAAAGUUUUGAUUUGCUGUAAGUUUUCUCAGUAAUGUCCAAAAGCUUCAGGAAGGAGUGGCGUGUGUGGGAAAGCAGCAGCUGGCAUGUGAGGUGCCACUUUGCUGUGGCUGCUGGCGCUCCGCAGGCUGACUUAACGUGACAAGCACUGACGUGGACGGAGCACAGUUCGGGGAAGCACUUGGUCGCCAUGCCCUUUGCCACUCUUUGCAGCCAGCUUGUCCCAGCACAAAAGGGAAUACUGUGUCGGAAGACAGGAACUUCCUUUAUCUCUGCCCAGGGAGCUUGCAACCGAGGAAGCGGGUGGAUGGGAGCUCCCCGGGAAAGGUGAGGUGUCACCUACCAACGCAGGCCGGAGGAAGGGGUCUGGGGCAGGCCUCGGAGUCAGAAACAUUAGGCCUGACUCCGGCCCCGACCUUUCCUUGUCCUGAGGGCUCGGGCAUGUCACUUUACCGCUUGCGGAGCUCAGUUUGCUCGUGUGUGAAACCGGCAACGUCGGUCCUCCAGUUGCCUGGCUUGUGAGGAUAAAAUGAGGUCAUUUUGGAUGUAAAAGUGCCUCGGAGGGGCUCGGUAGAGGUGAGUGACCUUCUUUGCCUUCCCUAGCGGAAGAAAAAGAAAAUGUUCACUGUAAGUUAUUAGUGGCCAACCGUCCGUCUCUUUCAUUCUUUACAGAAUGGUUUCCGAGAGGGCAUUGUCAGCUGCUCCUGGCCAUUCUUCCCCUGGAGAUGUAAUUCUUUUCAAAAGCGGUAGAGGCUGAUAAGAUGAAAUGUCUUUCAUUAUAACCUCACAUUCUGCAGAGCUUUGUAUUUAUAUAAAAUUCUCCAGGGUGGGACACCUAGGAUUCACUUUCCGCUUUCUCAUUCUUCAUGUCUCCUGUUGUUCCGAAAACAAAAAAGGCAGGAGAAACAUUUCCUAACAGAAUAUCUGAUGAUAAGAACCCCUCCGAUAAACUAGUCCAUCUAGCCUCAGUUUAUCUAUCUGGGCAACAGGAACAGGGAAACAUUUCUUUUCCACUUAAGGGUACUGUAAGUAUGCACUGAUUGAGAACACUAAGGUUCAAACGUAACAUGUGCUGACUUUUGGUUGCUAAUCUAACGCUUUUAGUAGAUCCUUGAGUUUUUAAAAAUUUUUUCCUAAUUUCAUCCAAAUCGCUUAAUGUCAGGGAUCCUAUAAGGGUGCAACAAAUGUGUGCUAAGCAUGACAAUUUAACUUGAAUUUGCACUCUCCCACUCCAAUGGGCAAGACCCAGGGCUUAGUGGAGAGCUCCCCUUCGCCAGGGCUAGAGCCUGGGGCUCCUGAGAGAAGGAGCUGGUUAUCUGCAGUAACCUGCUGCAGUGGUUGGGAAGGCCUGUUUUCCUGGAUGAAGGGACUGAGUUGAGAAAAUCACAACAAGUGUGCUCUGGCCCAGCUCAGGACACUGGGGAGUCCAGAGCCACUGCAAUAUUAACCCUCAGGGAUAGCUGUGAACUGCAGUUCUCCUACUGGGCGAGGUUUUUUUGCUGCAAUAGUACCUUAUAUACUGGGUUACUCUACCCAGUCUGUUAGUGUCAUUUCAGACUGAGGUACUCAGGUUGCCUCUAACGUCCCCAGAGGCUGAGCUUGUCUCCCUUAGUCUUCCAUGGCUAAAUUUCUGAAUUUGAGAGUCCUCUCUUCAAAGGCAACUAGAUUUUACAGAGGAAGAGUAGGAACUGGAGGGGAAACCACUAGCUGGUAAUAGAGAUUAUUUUGCAAAAUCACUGGGAUGCUUGCCACACCUUCCUUUUCUCUUGCACACAUACCUAGUAGUGAUGGGGGUAUUUAAGGGUUUUUCCACUAGCAAAUGGGAGCUUCAAGGGUUUGGUGCCAAAUGCUACGAAGUCCGGACCAAGCCCGGACCUGUGAUGGCUGUCAUCCCAAUGUGUAUAUUUAUGUGCUGGGUCAAUAAGGAGCCCAGGUAUGGAAAAUCUUCACAUUUUAGGCAUUUAUGAAGAAUUGGACACCCCUCCCUUUCCUUAACAUGACCCAUACCCAAAUCCACAAACAUGCUGACAGUGGGUUACAGCCUUUGCGUGGCAAAGUCCAAGUUGCUGUAUUUUACUGUAAGAAAAUCUUAUCUGCAUGUAUUGUUAACUCAAAGACCAUGAGAUCUACUUAUCAGGACCAGAAAGAUAAACACUUCAGGGCUAUUACAAUUAUACUGCAUUUCCUCAAAACCCGGUAGACUCUCCAGAGGGAGCCCUGAAAUUUUUGUGGCUUUGAUUAUUAGCUCUCUUCCUCACAGCACACACAGGACCUAUAAUAGCAGCAGGAAAACACAUGAUGGAAAAUUUCCAUAACCUGCACACUAAACCUGGAAAAGUCACCCUUGCUGGGUACAAUUUAUUAUGACGCAAUAAGAGCCAACCAAUAUUCUCACCAUGGGACCGGCUAGAAACUGCUGCAAAGAAAAAUAAGCAGAUCACUGCAUUAUUUACAUUUUAAUAUUUGGUGGAGAAAGGUUGGGAGAAGUGAGUUCCAAGGUUAUGGAUUUUUUUAAAGAUUAUUAAAUAAAGUUAUUUUUAAGUAAA